UCAAGUAAGGUUUUUAAAGAUUGACACUUGAGGAUCUCAGAAGACUUUGAAAAUGGCUCUCCAAAAGCUUUCUGGGUACCUUGUGUUGAUCAUCCUCAUAAGCAAUGGUUGUCAUUCACAGCUCCCAAGUGAGUCGCCAACCCUACAAGGGUGUGGUAAAGUAUUUACAAAAAACAAAAUCGUUGGGGGUCAGGAUGCAGUCCCAGGUCGUUGGCCCUGGCAGGCAAGUUUGCAGAAUAAUGGGUUCCAUUUCUGUGGAGGAUCGCUGAUCACCAACGAAUGGGUGCUGACUGCUGCUCACUGCAUAUCAAGUGAUAUCUUAAAUUCUGAAGUUCAUCUGGGUGUCCACAAGUUAUCGGAUCCCAACCCCAACGCAGUGACUCGUGGGAUUCAACAAUACAUCUGCUAUCCUGAAUACAAUCCUAGCACUUAUGAGAAUGACAUGUGUCUGCUGAAGCUUUCGGCUCCUGUCAAUUUCACAGCCUACAUACAGCCGGUGUGCUUGGCCUCAGGGGAAAGCACCUUUCAUGAGGAUACUACUAGCUGGGUCACUGGUUUUGGUGAUCUUGGUAAUGGGAUGACACCUGACAUCCUGCAGGAGGUAGAAGUACCAAUCGUAGGAAACAAAAAGUGCUCAUGCUACAAUCAAGAAUUCAGUACCAUCACAGAGAACAUGAUUUGUGCUGGCCUUGAUGAGGGAGGAAAGGACUCAUGUCAGGGAGACUCAGGAGGACCACUGGUGAUGUACAAUGGUUUUGCGUGGAUCCAGAGUGGAGUGGUGAGCUUUGGUUAUCGCUGUGCUCUCCCAAAGAAACCUGGAGUCUACGCUCGAGUGUCUCAGUACGAGAAAUGGAUCAGUGACACCAUCACUGGCAUGGAACCAGGCUUUGCUACCUUUACCUCCCCAGGGCCUGAUUUUGACUGGUACUUUUUCUGUCCUACCUCCAUGCCUACUACCACUGAUGAUAGCAUUUUUGCCAGUGGGGAAAACCUGAGUCACUUCACUCACUUUGUGGCUCUCUCUGCUUUUGCUCUGCUUCUCCAUGUCGUUGUUGGCAGCGGUAGAAUGUAAAUGUUACACUUUGAUUCCUCCAAUGCACACAUAUGAAUAGGGCUGCUUUUUUUCAGUAUGAUGGUUUCCUUUUAUGGUGCUUCUCUUCAGCACCUAAACCAGCUUUGAUUAAUUUUGCUCAUUUUAAAAUGUUUAGUCUGAAUGCAUUCAAUCCAAAUUGAACAUUAUAACUAAUCCAACACUAUUAUAUUGCUAGGUGUUAUGAUCAAAUAUAGGCUGAUUUACCCUGAUUUGUCAAUAAUAUGUACUUGCAAUGAACCUAUUUAAAUGUCUGCUUUUACUGUCUUUUGAUUUACAGGCAUUUAUGACAAAAAAUAAACAUCCAUUUUAAAUUUGA